CGAAUACAAGAACGAGAGGAUGCGUUUCAUAUCACUACCUACAUUAUACGUAUUACCAAGCAGCAACAAGGAGAAGAAUCAAGCCUUUUGAUCUAGAAGUCCCAUGGAUGAACAAAUGAUGAUGGAAAUUCUACUCUGUUUGCCACCCAAAUCGAUCUACAGAUUCAGGGUCGUUUGUAAGGCAUGGAACGAACUGAUCUCCGGUCCCUUCUUCAUCGAGAGGUACGACACUAGGCGGCGGCGGCGCGGCGGUCUAGAUUUGUUGGCCUUUUUCCAGAGAAUACAGACUCGCCCUUAUUAUAACCCCAAAUCAAAGAAAAGCAAAACAGCUGCCACGAACAUACUUUUUCUCGAUCUUCCUGAUAAACACGAAAUCAAGCAUGGGUCUCUUAAAUUAGACGAAUACGAGUUCAUAAAUUCGUCAGGUGGGCUGAUCCUCUGCCGCAAUCCAAACCCUGAAGAGUACUAUGUCCUGAACCUUAUAACUGAAAAGUUCGUCUCGUUUCCGCCACCACCCAAAUCGUUGCCGCCACCCAAAUCGUUGCGGGGGUAUAUGCUAACAUCCAUAGGGUUGAUGUACGAAGAGAAUGAAAAUAAACUGAUGGCAAAGUACAUAGUUGUCCAAAUAGAUCAUGGUUAUAAAGGAGACAAUCCUGAUCCUGAUUUCUUAGGGGUCCAGACUUACUCCUCAGAGACAGGUGUUUGGGCUGCCAAACCCUCUAUAACUCUCCCAGCGGACUACUCAUAUUCUAUUGUGGGGCAUCCUUUAGUGAUCAACGGUGUUUUCCACUGGUACGAGGAUGAAAUGGCACUUUACCGUCCCCGUGAAAACAAUAUCCAAGUCAUUGCUAACCCGCAUGAUCUUCGUAUUCGUGAUUUUCAAAGUCAUGUUUUUACAAGGUCGUCCAUUGAGGACGGAGACAUUUUGUGGUUAGCCAUGUUGGACUCCAAUACUGUGAUGGAGGUUUUCAUGCUCCCAAAGUCUGUAGAAGACGGAAUUAACUGCAUUCUGCGACCGGCUUCUAUACCCCAUAAUGAGUGGGUGCUGAUGUACCAUGUAAGUGUGGAUUCACUCUGGAACGAUGUUACCUUAGUGUCAUCGAGGACAUGGCGGAGGAGUGGAGGACUAUCAAGGAUAAAAGGGGGAGGAUUAGGGCCAGGUGCAUUUUCAUGGAUGCCAUUUUUCCCGCUAAUAAUAAGAAGAAGAAUUCCCUUGCCCUCAUUCUCAGGGUUGAACUCGGCGACAUAUUUCUUUAUGACCUUGACCUAAGAUCGAUCGAACCUGUACGAUAUGAUGGUCGAAUGGUUACCACUUAUGAGGUUGGAUGUGAUUAUUAUACUCCAACAUUGUGCCCUUACUUAGAACCUUCUUCCGUUUCCGCUUAUGCUCUUAAGUAGGCUGGUUGAGUGAUUAUUAUGUUACUUAAUGAAUCUGAUUUGUUUGAUACUAAGAAUUUCUUGCAUUUUUCUUUUGGAAUAUGAUUUGCAAAUGUGAGCUG